CUUGUACGGCAGCCGUGCCCGCCGCAUAAAUAGCGACCCUCCUCCUCGAAGCUACGCGGCUAGGUCGCUUGUAGGAACGAUUGUCUCCGGAACACGAAGCCCAGGACAUAAGGCGACAAAGGGUGCGCCGGCGCUUGAGGCUGGGUUGAAAGUAGGCGUCCAACAAGUCGCAGGCCACCGCACCCGAAUCGUCUGAACUAACCAAAAGUAUCCAAACCUUUGAUUGGCUCGCACAGGAGGUGGAUUCCAGAUUUUGCCAAUUACCUCGUCAAAUGCCAGCCAAGCCCACACCCCCGCUCAGUCGCUCGACCGUUUACCGUUGGGCGGGGUCUAGCUGCAACGACACGAGACAAACAGAGAACAGCUUGCGAUAGCAAACGGCUACUUAAAGGCUUGAGGUAUGCUCUCGACCGGGAUCGAUGCCUUACUGUAGCCCAUGCAAGCGUUAUUUUGAAAGUGCAAAGGCGCUUCAGCAGCACCGCCAGGACUCGGACCGGCAUGCGUACGCCUAUUCGUACUUGUUCCCUGCCACUCCUGUGCGGACAACGACAUUGAGUUCGGCGAUGCCGCUGCCUGGAACCCAGUCAGCCCGCGACUUGGAUGAGGAUGAGCCCUCUAAAUCUUUGGUAAAAGGGCUUUACUCCAGCCGGGAGUACUCAGACCUCGUGAUAUCCUGCAGAGGGAAGGAGCACCAUGUACAUAAGGCUAUCGUAUGCAUGCAGUCCGAGUUCCUCGCUGUAGCAUGCCGUGCAGGCUUCAAGGUCAGUGGCAGUUCAUACACUUGCAACAAUUCUAACCUAACAUUGACCUCCCAGACGACGAUCCCCCAGCUUGUCCAUAUAAUGGUACAUUAUCUGUACCACUUUGACUACGACACAAAGCCCCAGGACAAGGGUAUUGGUUUUGAUGGGUCAGUAACGAACAGAGACGAAACCGAUACCAACGAGCCGGUCACGAACGUCCUUGUCACCCAUGCAAAGGUCUACGCCUUAGCAGAAAAGUACCUGAUCCGUGGACUAAAGGUAGUUGCGCAACGACACUUCAAGGCAGCGACGACCUCAGUCACAUUGGAUGGUUUCCUACAAGCAAUAUCGGAGGUAUAUUCAUCUACUAUUGGAGACGAUAGAGGUUUAAGGGACAUCAUCGUGGAAACCCUCCAUAAGCAUUCUGCAUGGCUGGACAAAGAGGAGAUGCGAGAUAUGCUUAGGGUAUCUGGAGCUUUGGCAUAUGAUCUCGUUAUGUACAUGCGUCAGCAUAACAAAAUUCUGAGCUGAUAGGACCAUCGGUGAAGGUCAGUGCAGAUUACAAAGACCGUCAAAUUCAAUGCUUCUAUCCCCUGCUACCAAA